CUCUGCGUCAUACCCAUACGGCAUCGUCCCUCUGUCUUACCUCCAAGCACCCCGCCUACUUGUCAUGUCAAGCAACCUCGCAGGAUCCUGAUCUGAUUAAGCGCUCAUCAUGAUUCUGUUCGACUUCGCAAAAAGGGCUUACCAGGCAGCAUUCAGUCCGCCGACCCCAGCCAAGAGGGAUGACGCCAUCAGAAUCGGACUGCUCGGUGCCUCCACCAUAGCCCCGAUCGCCUUGAUCACUCCUGCAAAGUCACAUCCAGAGGUCAUUGUUGUAGCGGUCGCUGCUCGAGAUCGCGAGCGAGCCCGUCAGUAUGCCAAGAAAUACAACAUUCCUAUCGUUCAUGACACCUACCAGGAUAUCCUGAAUGACCCGUCGAUCGACGCAAUUUACAUUGCUCUGCCAAACGCCCUACACUAUGAGUGGGCGCUGCGUUCCAUCCAAGCUGGAAAGCACGUUCUUCUCGAGAAGCCAUCCUGUUCCAAUGCGGAAGAGGCGCUAAGGCUCUUCAAACAUCCCCUGGUGACUAGGCCAAAUGCCCCAGUUCUCCUUGAAGCUUUCCACUACCAGUUCCACCCAGCCUGGCAGACAUUCCUCUCUCUGGUCCACAAGGUUCCAUGGGACGGGGCCGUGGAACAUGUCCACUCCCAGCAGCACCUUCCCAAGGGCUACCUCUCUAGGGACGACAUCCGUUUCCAAUACUCACUGUCGGGAGGCUGCCUCAUGGAUCUAGCAACGUAUCCUCUUUCCUGCGUACGGCAGGUCCUGGGUAGAGGAGAGCAUCUCCGUCCCGUUGAAGUUCGACAUCGCCCCUUGCCUCCUGCACCAGAUGGAACUGUGGCUGAGCCACAGAUUGAUGUAGGAAUAUCAGCUACCUAUGUCACUGACAGUGGAAAAUCUGCAAAGAUCGAGGGGGAUUUGGCGUCUGCGGGAGAGUAUCCUUUCCUACCGGCGUCAUUGUCCAAGGCUCUACCGAGAUUCAAAUGGCCCAUGACUGAAGCAACUCUAGCAGAGGCUACAAUUGAGGAACGAGACGACGGAUUGCACCACUAUGUUCAGCGAAAGGUGACUCUGUGGAAUCACCUUAUUCCGACGAUCUAUCACCGGAUUGAUGUUUGUGACAAGCAUACCCUUCGCCGAGAAGGCGAGAUUAUCACCACGUGGAAUGAAACCAAAUAUGUCAAAGCAUACAGCUGGCCGAAGGGGGAUGUGCGUUCCAAUACCUAUCAGGAAUGGUGGACAACCUGGCGCUGCCAGCUGGAAGAGUUUGUGAAUCGGAUUAAGGGUCGGGCAGGUUCCGGGGUGUGGAUUGAUGGAGACGAGAGCAUUGCUCAGAUGGAGGCGAUUGACGAGACAUACGAUCAGGCGGGCUUGAUGCCUCGGCCAACCAGUGCUUACCAGGUUUAGUUAAUGGAUGCUUGCAGUUUCGCGCGGGUGCUCUAAUGGCAGGGCCUGAUGAGAUUGGCCAAUUGUUGAGCCUGCAUUCCUUACGUUCGAUUAAUAUCUAAUGGCUUGCCGGCAUUACAGAUUGUUGUUUAAAUGCGCU